CCUCAUGAUCCGCCCACCUCAGCUUCCCAAAGUGCUGGGACUAUAGGCGUGAACCACCACACCAGGCACCAGGCUGAGGAGUUACCUCUUUCUGGGCUUUAACUUCCCCCUGACUUAAAUGUUAUUGUGGAAAUUAAGUCAAGAAGAGUAUGAGCGACAACAAAGAGAGCAGAGGCUAUCAGCUGCUGAUGAAAAGGCAGGUUCGGCUGCAGAGGAAGUAAAAACUUACAAGCGGAGAAUAGAAGAAAUGGAGAAUGAAUUACAGAAAACAGAGCGAUUAUUUAAAAACCAGAUAGCUACCCAUGAGAAGAAAGCUCAUGAAAACUGGCUCAAAGCUCGUGCUGCAGAAAGAGUUAUAGCUGAAGAGAAAAUGGAAGCUACAAACUUGAGACACAAGUAUGUGAUUUUGAUGCCUAUGUUUUCAGUGUUACCUCUUAAGGAAUUGGUUUCUGUUUCAUAUUUAAGUCUUUCUUAAAUACUCUUUCUCUAUAUUCA